AGAACAUCAUCUACUUCGUAACUAACGACAAGACAAUAAGCUCAACAUUCUUGUUCGCUCUCAAACCCCUCAAGCCUACAAACCUUCUCCGUCACGCCGUACUACUGCUGAAAUCUACCCUAAUUAUUCUCUCCAUGAUCCCAUACCCCGCCUCAGGCCGAGAGAGCAACGCGCUUUGUUGCAAUCCUAAUCGCAAACUCCGUCACAAUGUACGAUGACUACGACCACCGUAGAUCGAGAUCUCGACCUCCUUCCGGGGAUCACCAUUAUCGCUCGCGGCACGACUCUUCCAGAUCACCACCAAAAGGACCGCGCGGUGAUGAUUCGUCACGCGCGCGCAGAUAUCAUUCGCCCUCCUACCGAAGAAAUAACACUCAAGACGAUGGCGACAAUCGGGGCUAUCCUCGUGAAGAUGCCCCUUACCGCCGGAGAGAGUCGCCGGGCCGUCGCUCAGGCCGCCACGGCUACAGGGAUUACGAUGCCAGUCAUGAUUAUGAUGGCGACAAUGAUAAACAGAACCGGCGAUCAGCCAGUCGCUCCGUGUCGCCUUAUCGCUCUCCCGACGACAAUUACCAUCGUGAUGCCAACCACCAGCAUGUGUCUGGUCGGCCUUACCACACGCUUAAGCUCGAUGAUGUGCCCGACUGGUUAGGACCUCAAGAGAUUGAUGAUGCUAUGCGUGAUAUGGGUGCAAGAGGUCUCAUUGAAGUCCGCAUCAAGUCUGACAGUCGCGUUGGAAACCGUAGAUGUUAUGCAUUUGCAGAGUUCAAAUAUGAGAGCGAUGCUGUAGACUUUCUCGAUCGGUACUAUCCCGCUAUCGACAUUGAGGACCGCAAUGGCGCUCCCACUCGCAUAUAUAUCGAGUACAGCCGAGAGCGGCGUCCGGCACCGAACUUGGAUGACUGGAAAUGCACAUUAUGUCAUUUUGACAACUUUUCCCGUCGGGCAACGUGCAAACAGUGUAAAGCCCCUCGUUCUUCCGAAAAUGCGGUUGAGAUGCGGCUUGACGGCCAAAGUGACGAAUGCCCUCAGCAGACACCAUCACAGUUUGUUGUCAUUCGUGGGCUAGCCCCAUCCACCAACGAGACCACUCUUGCAACUGGUAUCAAGAAGCUAUACAUAACAAAAGAAGAUGAACCUAAGCAAGCCUCUGGCAUGCCCCCAAAGCUGAGGAGCACUGCACCCAUUGGUAAUACUCAUGGGCUUGGUGCCAAACCCGGCUCACUAGUCCGGGUUUUUAUGGUGCGGGAGAAGAUGUCAGAAAUCAGUUGUAAUUACGGCUUUGCUGAAUUUUCUACACUUGAUGAUGCUCGAGCUGCCGUUGCCAAGUACAACGCACACCCGCAGUUCACCAUAUCCUCUAAGCCGGUCACGGUUGCCUUCAUACACUCUGGGGUCUUUAUCCCCUAUCUACAUCCUGUACAAGAUCAGGAUCGCAAAUUCACAUUUGCAGCAACUCACAACCCAACCCUUAGACUGAGCUACUGGAAUCCUUCCGUCUACGCCAAUGAGCACUUAAUCUUCGAUGAAUCUCUCUACGAGGAGAAAGAAAAGAGGCCUGAUCAUGCUAAACAAGCGCCUGAUAUGCCAGCAGGCAAGGACUCGAAGAAGCGCAAAGCUGAUAAAGACUUAAGUGCGCCGACGGGGAAAAAGGUCAUCGCUAUGGCACCUCAACUGCAGAUGUGGGCAAACAAGCAUGCAGAACUCCACGGGUCAAAGGAAUCCUCAGACGGCGCAAUAUCCUCGGAGGAGAUCGCCUCUGUCACCGUCCCAAUUACCACCAAAGCAAGCGAAAGCACUGUCACAACCUUGCCAUCCGUGUCGUAUGCUGAUCUCGAUCAAAUGUGCUGCCUAUUGUGUAGGCGCAAGUUCAAGAACGAACCUUCUCUUCGCCGACACGAGCAGAUGAGUGACAUGCACAAGGCCAACCUCAAGGACGAGAGCCUUAUCGCCAAAGCAACUCAAGACUUGAAAGCUCUAGGCAAAGAGCCCACCUCCAAUUACCGAGAUCGAGCCAAAGAACGACGAUUAGCUCAUAACCAGCCCAUGAAACCAAAAAUUCAUCUCCCCCGAAAAGUCCAAUCAAACAAUAAAGAAGCAGAGCCCACUAAGGACCCGCCCUCCAAGCCCGCCAUUUCCAAAGGUGCGGGCUUGCUCGCUAAGAUGGGCUGGACCACCGGUGAAGGCCUGGGUGCAGAAAGCGGUGGACGAACCGAUAUCAUCGAGACGAUGGCGUACGCACCCGGCGUCGGCCUCGGGGCCGAAGGGGGCAAGAUUGGCGAUGCGGCGCAGGAAGCUGCUCGUGCUACGAAGAACGACUAUGCUGAUUUCGUUUCUAAAGCCAAAGACAAAGCUAGAGAGCGGUAUGAAAAGAUGGGAUAGUGUUUCCUACUACUCAUCUGCCAUCUCAACCGUUUCACAUCGAUCUGCUCAUAGCUUUUCAUCCAUUUGUAUUAUAGGGGCGUUAGAUAAUAGGACUAUAUCGGACCAGAACUAGAGGUCUUUGUACUGCAAUCAACAUUAGCCCUAAGGACGACCUACACUAUCUAGCUUAGCUGAUUAUAAGGCAACGUUUUUACCAAUUCUACUGAUGAUAAUUAUGCUAGAGAGCUCGCUGUCUUUCUACCUAUUGUAGGCCUAACUAUGUAUUCCUAUCUC